AUGUGGAAUCCCCAGUAUCCACUGCCCCUUGUCUUCUUCACAGAGGGUCUCACCUGCAGCCUGAGCUCUGGGCUGGGCAGGGACAAGUACUCCCAGGGGACCCCAGUGCCACAGCCCCCUUCUCCCACUGUGCAUGAGCAGGCACACUUCGGGUCUCACCGGGGCUGGGAGCUCCCCUCCACAGCCCUUGGUCUCCUCUCCACUAGCACUGCUGACUUUGAGGGGCACCCAUCACCAGCCAGUGCUGCUCGAUCUGCAUCACACUGCAUGUGGCUGUCAGCUCACAUGACACCCUCCCUUUGUGGACUUGAGUUGGGUAUUCUAGGGGAAAAUGUAGCCAAGAUAUACAAAGAUCUUCAGAAACUCUCUCGCCUCUUUAAAGAUCAGCUGGUGUAUCCUCUUCUGGCUUUUACCCGACAAGCACUGAGCCUACCAGAUGUAUUUGGGUUGGUCGUCCUCCCAUUGGAACUGAAACUACGGAUCUUCCGACUUCUGGAUGUUCGUUCCGUCUUGUCUUUGUCUGCAGUUUGUCGUGACCUCUUUACUGCUUCAAAUGACCCGCUUCUGUGGAGGUUUUUAUAUCUGCGUGAUUUUCGAGACAAUACUGUCAGAGUUCAAGACACAGAUUGGAAAGAACUGUACAGGAAGAGGCACAUACAAAGGAAAGAAUCCCCCAAAGGGUGGUUUGUGAUGCUCCUGCCAUCGUCAACUCACGCCAUUCCAUUCUAUCCCAACCCCUUGCACCCUAGGCCGUUUCCUAGCUCCCGCCUUCCUCCAGGAAUUAUCGGGGGUGAAUAUGACCAAAGACCAACACUUCCCUAUGUUGGAGACCCAAUCAAUUCACUCAUUCCUGGUCCUGGGGAGACGCCCAGCCAGUGCCCUCCACUCAGACCACGCUCUGAUCCAAUUGGCCCACUCCCAGGACCUAACCCCAUCUUGCCAGGGCGAGGCGGCCCCAAUGACAGAUUUCCCUUUAGAGCCAGUAGGGGUCGGCCAACUGACGGCCGCCUGUCAUUCAUGUGAUUGAUUUGUAAUUUCAUUUCUGGAGCUCCAUUUGUUUUUGUUUCUAAACUACAGAUGUCAACUCCUUGGGGUGCUGAUCUCGAGUGUUAUUUUCUGAUUGUAGUGGUGAGAAUUUCACUCCCAGAAGCCUUUUAAGAGAUAUAUUUACAGCCCUAGGGGUGGUGUGACCCAAAGGUUCCUUUGUGGCAAGGUUGGCCUUGGGAAUAGUUGGCUGCUGAUCUCCCUGCUCUUGGUUCUCCUCUCGAUCGAAGGUUGUUUUCUGAUGCUGUUCUUACCAGAUUAAAAAAAAAGUGUAAAU